GCUUUUCGAAGUAUCAAUCCUCAUUUGUGGACUUCCAUUGGAGCAGGGAGUCUCCUCCCCGUUUAAUGAUUCUCGAAAUGUGCGUCACUCACGUAGAUCGCUCAAACAAAAGUGCAGCAAAACAUUUCUGGACGGUAUGAGACGGUUGAAUCCGUUUGGUUCGAGUUCGGCUAGACCUAACGAUGAACAAGGUGCAUGUUCAAUUUGUCUUGGAGAAUAUCAAGUUGGAGAUAAGAAGAUGAGCUGGCCAGAUUGUUCCCACAUCUUUCAUCAAGAUUGUGCGGAAGAAUGGCGCAAAGUCCAAGCUACUUGUCCCCUCUGCCGAGGAAAAGAUAAAAACUUGAGCCAGGAGUUGGCUGGUCGUAGACUCGAAAAACAAAGGAAUGCUUUUUUCGAACAUUUAAGGCGUCGAUUGUUGGAGAUCGGAAAUCCAAGGAAUGAAUGGGAAGAGAGGGAAGUAGAUCGUUUGAGACAUUUACUUGAAUGA